AUGCGAUUCUCACCUUUUCAAGUCUCCAAGUUGGUGGCCAUGUCAUCGUCCAUGUCGUAUGACCCAGCAGAUUUUGAAAACAACAAUCCUUUUGCAGAGCCCCUAGAACAACCUCCACAUUUGACUUCUGUGGUGGCAAAUGAGCCACAGUAUGAGCCAGAGCCCGAACCUGAACCGGCGCAAGAAUCGGUGGCUGAGACUGCGGACAACAAUGAAAGAAAACCGACGGAAGGUGCUCAAUUGAGUGAUGAAGAGUUAAGAAAACUUAUCCCCGAGCGCUUCACUAACAAAUACUCCAUCAAAAUCAAGUUACAAGCUGUGGAGAAGAACAAAGCAGCCAAUCCAAUUCUCAGAUUCGAUGCUACCGUAAUUGGACUCUCGAGAUAUCGACAACGGGAAUACAAGGAUAUACGAAGAACAUACAACGAGACGGUCAAGUUUAACAAGUAUAUCCCUGUGUCGAAUUUGGAAGUUUUCGUGCCAACUAUCCCAUCUUCUAUCACGUCUUAUCCCCCUGGUGGGGAGGAGGAAAAUAGCCAACUUCUUGAGGACUGGCAAGAAUGGUUUGAUCGUAUUACAAGCAAUCCUAUUAUUGUUCGAGAUGAGGAGUUCAUGUACUUUAUCGAAAGUGAUUUCGGCUACUCUGUUAUCAAUAGUGCUCACAAGACCUCAGUGGCUUCGGGCCUCAUCAGAAAGACACUCAAGCAACUUUCGGUGCCGUAUGAUCCAUAUACAGAGUUGGCCGAAUUCCGCCCAAUGGUCAAAGCAGCCUACCUCGUAUUCCAAAAAUUGGUUAAGGCGCUCGAUCGCAACUGUAAAACGGAGCGAAUGAUUGCCGGAGCCGUGAGUGAUCUUGCAGUGAAACUCAGUAACCUUUCUGAGUUUGAGCGAACACAUCCAGGAAUGAAAAAUAUGUGGGAGAAGCUUUCUCGAGUGGUGAAUUUCCAGGCGGAAUUGAUGUACUUGGACCAAGCAAACUCGAUGGGAACACUACACGAUGGAGUGCGUACCCUUAUAAAUGACUUUUAUGAAAUUAAAGAAGCUUUGACUAACAGACACCUUAUAAUGCGUGAGCUCGUCCAAGCCGAACAACAAUCACAAGCUAAGCAUCAGCAAGCGGCCAAGAUCAAGAAUAAAUCGUCUUUGGACCCUAUAAAAGUAGACGAAGCAAUACGAUCGUUGGAAUAUGCUACCAAGGUGGAAGAUUCUUUAAAUCUUCAAGUCAAACGGAUCUCAGGAGAGAUGAUGUUUGAGAAAAAAGAGGUGAUUGAACACACCGAAAAAAAGCUUCAAUUACUCAUGAAGAAGUAUGCCCUUCAUAAGGUGGAGCAUCAUCGGAAAAACCUAAAACAUCUUGAAAACAUUCGUCUUGAUAUUCGUAUAGUUGACGACAAAGGCGGUCUUUCGAGAUUGAACCGAGACAAUUUGGAUAGUCUUAAGCACAACUUGAACCCUUCGCAAUCUGACCAGGGAGAUUCUUGGUCAGCACGCACGUUUCGGUCGGUAAAGAAACAGUCGCCAGUACCAUUGAAAGAAGAGACGGUAGAUGCAAAGAACGCUGCUAGUUUACUAGGAGUGGCUACAUUUUGA